CGAAGGGAAAAAGUUGUAUCUGGAGCCAAUUUAGAUGCGUUCACAACACAGUUGCAUGGUGCAACAUUUGCAAAGUAAAACUCUCAACCAAAGUUGGCUUCCACAGGAAGUAUUUGUCGACAUUUAAGACUGAAACAUCCGACUGUUAAGCAGCAAGCGGUAAUACAGGACCCUGCUCCCUUUACUCGGGGAUUUGAGAGCUCGAAAUGAUUUGCUUCAGUUCGUUCACUCCAAUGAUUCACGAACGGUUGGUUCACGUGGAUGCUCAGCGGGAGUAGCCAAAGCAGGUCAUUAGAGAGUUCGAAAAGAACGUUUUUACUUGAACUACGCCGGAGUGUGAUUAAGAAACCGAAAUCAGAUCAAAAUGAGCCCGGACGCACAACAGAGGAUCGGCUUUAUUGGUGCAGGAAACAUGGCUUUUGGCAUUGCAAAGGGGAUGUUGUCAGGAAAUGUUCUACCUGCAAACAUCAAAGUUAGUGCACCAUCCUCUACAAAUUUAGGACGAUUCCAGGAACUUGGCAUUUCUGUGACACACUCCAACCCUGAGGUGGUCUGUGGGUCAGAUGUGGUGUUUGUCGCCGUCAAGCCUCAUAUGAUUCCACGUGUUCUCGUCGAAGUCUCUCAGCACAUCACAAAGAAGCAGAUAAUCGUGUCGGUUGCCGCCGGAGUGACGCUAGCUAUGUUGGAGGAGCUCCUCCCAGAAAACUCGAUCGUCAUCAGGCUGAUGCCUAACCUUCCCUGUCUGGUUCAAGAGGGGGCCCUCUUGUUUGCACUGGGCACCAACGCAAAAGGGGAGGAUGGCGCUCUACUUCUCGGCUUGUUGCAUUGCUGUGGUUUGGUGGAGGAAGUGCCUGAAGCCUGGAUCGAUGUCCACACAGGGCUGAGUGGGAGCGGAGUCGCUUUUGUGUAUCUUUUUGCAGAAGCGCUGGCAGAAGGAGCUGUUAAAAUGGGCAUGCCAAGUGCUCUGGCUCACAGCAUCGCAUCCCAAACUGUUCUGGGUGCUGGAAAAUUGCUACGUGAUUCUGGGAAACAUCCAGCUCAGCUUCGGGCUGAGGUCUGCACCCCAGGUGGAACAACCAUCUAUGGGCUUCACACACUGGAGCAGGGAGGCGUGAGGGCAUCCGUCAUGAGUGCGGUGGAAUCGGCCACUCAGAGAGCAAGGGAACUUGGGAGAAAAUAGGCAGCAGGAAAGGGUCCGUGUGUCAGUAUACCUUUUUAAGAACUACAUCUUGAACUUGAAAGUCUUAAAAAUAAGAUGGCUGUUUUUUUUUAAUUUUAUUAUUUAUAUUUUUAUAUUUCAUAACUUAGUAUUGUAAGAAUGAAAAACAAGGUCAUAGUCUUGAUUAAAUAAAAAAAACAGCUUACACCUCUGUUAGGUCUUUCAAAGGAUAGGCUUCUUAUGUUUACUUUGUGUGAUGGUAAAUAAAAGAAAAUCUGUUGGAUCACAA